ACCCUUUAGAGGCGAGGUCGCAGUGCGUGGGAAAGUUGCGGGUAGUAGACGUGCCACGUCUGCUGGGAAGGGAGAGUCAUGAACUUGCCCGAGGCCGUCGCCCUGGAGCCAUCAGCUACAUCCUUAACUCUAUGAGGUCCGGGGUCCUCUCUCUGUGUUUGUAGGAACUUCUGCUCCAGCGACAUGAGGCUCUUCUUGUGGAACUCGGUCCUGGCGCUGUUGGUCACUUCCCUGAGUGGGGCGCUGAUCCCCGAGCCAGAAGUGAAGGUCGAAGUGCUCCAGAAGCCGUUCAUCUGCCAUCGCAAGACCAAGGGGGGCGACUUGAUGUUGGUCCACUACGAAGGCUACUUAGAAAAGGAUGGCUCUUUAUUUCACUCCACCCACAAACAUAACAAUGGUCAGCCCAUUUGGUUUACCCUGGGCAUCCUGGAGGCUCUCAAAGGUUGGGACCAGGGCUUGAAGGGAAUGUGUGUGGGAGAGAAGAGAAAGCUCGUCAUUCCUCCUGCCCUGGGCUAUGGGAAAGAAGGAAAAGGUAAAAUACCCCCAGAGAGCACACUGAUAUUUAACAUCGACCUCCUGGAGAUUCAAAAUGGACCAAGAUCCCAUGAAUCAUUCCAAGAAAUGGAUCUUAAUGACGACUGGAAACUCUCUAAAGAUGAGGUUAAAGUGUAUUUGAAGAAGGAGUUUGAAAAGCACGGUGCGGUAGUGAAUGAAAGUCAUCAUGAUGUUUUGGUGGAGGAUAUUUUUGAUAAAGAAGAUGAAGACAAGGAUGGAUUUAUAUCUGCCAGAGAAUUUACAUAUAAACAUGACGAGUUAUAGAGAUACAUCUGCCCCUUUUAUAUAGCAGCCAUCUUUAAAGAGCGGGCAACCGUCUUUAAAGAAAGUCUUAUUUUUUAACAUUGUUUUAUUCCGUUCUUGCUUUGUUUUUUAAAAUUUUUUACGUAUUUUUUUCUGAAUGUUAUUUAAAGAACCCUUUAGGGUUUCUAAGUACCCAUUUCUUUCUUGUGAAUUACUGGGAAGAAAAAAUGUUUUUAUCUUUGAAUAAGGAGAAUUCUGGACCAUUUUCUACUUUCACCUAUGAAGUCUUAUUUGUAACUUUAAGUAACUUUAAAAUAUUACAAUGGGGACCUUGCCCAAGAUAAGAGCAAGUAUAGCACAAAUCAGUGCCCUCUGUUUCUGCUUCCCCCCAUUUUCACUAAGUUAGACACUGACAUUUGCAAAGCCUUUUGCAAUAACCCAAAGCUUACUAUUUUCAUGUUAUAAUGGAAGUAUUAUCUGCCUUUGAGUCUCUGCUUGAAGCAACAGGAAGAUGGUUGUUGAACUUUACUUGUUAACAGUUACUGCUUUACUGAGGAGAUGUGCAAUGCUGAAGUGAUGGACAAGUUAAUGACUUACAAGUGUGUAUACAUUGAACAUUCUGCCCAGAACUUAAGCUAUGGUAUAAGGCUUGGUUCCUGAUUGCUACUGACUUAUCAUGAUAAAUAGAACAAAUUAUUUAUGUUUGUUUCUUCCUAAUAAAAUGUGUCAAAAUAUUGUAGAUGAGGUA